AUGCGAGGUGAGAUCGAGUGCAAGGCACCAGGCCUGACUCCUCUUCGUCAACGGGCAUUAGAUCGGCUGAGAAUGCGGCCAGCUCACGAGUUCCUGCAUGUCAAACGAGAUUGGAAUCAGAGCGCGGAUCGGUUGGCCAGCACAGCAUUGAAUCAGCAAGAAGGCGCAGUAGUUACAUCGGAAGCGGAUCGCGACGAUCUGGCUGUCCUUAACCGGUUUCAGGAACUUCUGCUCCCGAAGGACGAUGGGCCUGUCGCCCGGAUUGCCGCGGUGACCCGAUCGCGAGCACGCUUGGAGAGCUCGCCAAAAGUGCUGCAGUUGAUUGUGGUACAACGCAUCAGGACGGACGGGAUUCUACGAGCACAGAACGAGGAGAAGUGGAUCAUAGACCUCAAGGCGUACCUGCCAGGCAACUUGGAGAGGCUAGAUGCUAGUGAGGCGCGAGCUUGCGGCAAAAUCACGCGCGACUACGAUGUUGACGAAGGUGGGCUGCUGCUUUACUGUCAUCGCGCAGGAAGAGACGACGGUGACCGCGACCGGCUGGCGAAGCUGGUGGUACCGGAAGACCUGCAGCAAGAUGUACUCCACCAUUAUCAUACGAGUCUGGAGGAAUGA